UCUAUGUUAAAGAUCUUUGAAACUUGUCCAGUUUUUUCGGUUCUUAAUUUCCGUGAACUUCUUGUGGUAUGUAUCCGGAAAUUGAACUUGGCAGGUGCCAUUGUAGUACAAUCACUACCAGUGACCAAAAAAAAAAAAAACUUGGCAGGAUUCUUAUGUGAUUUUCAAAGAUUCCGAGGAAGUCAUUGCCGGCUAUGGGACCUCAGGAAGAGUCUCAACGUACGACGGCCAUCUAUAGAGGGCGAAAGAAAUCGGAAAAGGUUUGAAAAAGGGAACUCGCAAAGGAUUGAUGGGAUGCCAACAUAUCCUUAUUUUUACGCAGAUGAUCUGGUUGGUGUUUUGAAGCAAAAGCAUUCUUUAGGAGCGUAUAAAAGCUUGGUGUUCUAUCUCGAAGCUUGUGAUGGCAUUCUUCCAAAAGCACAGUACCGAAAAGCCCCAGAAGGUUCUCAGAGGAAAGCUGAAGCACAAAAGCAGUCUGUAGAGGUAAUGCCUCACCGGAUGCACGUCGACCGCAGCAUUGGAAAGCUUCUAUUUGGGUUUGAAAAAGGUCCUCGAGUACUUGAAGUUGUUCGUCCUGCUGGACAACCCCUUGUAGAUGACUGGGACUGUCUUAAGAGUUAAGACCAUGGUGAGGACCUUUGAGACCCACUGUGGAACUAAAAACUUUGUCUAUAUUAUCAUUACUGAGCAAAACUGGAGAGGCAAGUUAAAAAGGAACCAUUGAAAUGCAGAAAUGCCAAAUAUAAAGUAAUCGAUCCCAUUAGCCAUAGAAAUACUAUUGAAUCUUCCGAGUUAUUAUCAGUGAAACAGAACAGAAACAAGC